CCCGAGCCCGGAGCGGGCCCCGGGACCCCUCCCGCGGACCCCCACGGCCAUGGAGUCGGUGGCCUUGUACAGCUUCCAGGCGACGGAGGAGGACGAGCUGCCCUUCCACAAAGGGGACACGCUGAAGAUCCUCAACAUGGAGGAUGACCAGAACUGGUACAAGGCUGAGCUGUUCGGCCGCGAGGGCUUUGUCCCCAAAAACUACAUCAAGGUCAAGCCACAUCCGUGGUACGCGGGCAGGAUCUCCCGGCAUCUGGCAGAGGAGCGGCUGCUCCAGCGCAAUCACCUGGGAGCCUUCCUGAUCCGCGACAGCGAGAGCGCCCCGGGCGAGUUCUCCCUCUCCGUCAGCUACGGGAAGCACGUCCAGCACUUCAAGGUGCUCAGGGAGAGGAACGGCAAAUAUUUCCUCUGGGAGGAAAAGUUCAACUCCCUCAACGAGCUGGUGGAUUUCUACAGGAUGACCACGAUCGCCAAAGAGCAGCAGAUUUUCCUGUGGGACGAGGAUCAAAUGCAGGAGCAGACAUCCCAGGGCUCGUCCUCAUCCCGUGGUGGCACCGCAUCCCCAUCAGGACCCAGGCCAGGGGCUGGCAGAUGGGGACCCCUCUCCUCCCACCAACCCCAGCCCUCGGCUUCCCUGCCGGUGAAGAGACCCCGAUUUGUGCAAGCCCAGUUCGACUUCUCAGCCCAGGAGGGCUCCCAGCUGCCCUUCCUCCGUGGAGACAUCAUUGAGGUCCUGGGCUGCCCCGACCCCAACUGGUGGCAGGGGAAGAUCUACGGCCGUGUCGGGCUCUUCCCACGGAGCUACGUCCACCCCAUCCACAAGUGACCUUCAAGUGACCAUCCACAAGUGAUUUUUGAGUGACCAUCCACAGGUUACCUUCAAGUGACCAUCCACAAGUGACUUUUGAGUGACCGUCCACAGGUUACCUUCAAGUGACCAUCCACAAGUGACUUUGACCUUUGAGUGACCAUCCACAGGUGACCCUCACCACGCUGCCACUGUCCGGGCAGGACCCGGCCCCAUUGUCCCCCCUCACCAGAGCUGCCCACUCAGCCUGAGUGUCCCUUUGUCCCCAGGAUGGUGCCUGGUCCUUGUCCCCCUGGUCUGUGACCCCCAGCCCAGGGAUGGGGCAGGCAGCACUGCCAGUGUGGAGUGUGCAAGCGCGGUCAUAAAAACUUUUCCAGAG